UCGUACAACCAUACAAAGUUCACUGUUUAGUCAUCCCUGGUCGACCAACGUCAAGGCUUCAUUCGAAGUUCUAACAAUUCUCAGCCUUGCCCCACCACCAUACGAAAGUGUUUACCUCUCUACGGUCGGGUGUCAACAACCCACUCACGAUCGCGACCCAAGCCUCUCAUCCUACUUUUCGAUCAGAUACCAAUAAUUCCCUAGAGCAUGCCUGCGAUCCGAACGAAUGCCUCGUCGCGGACGAAGAAGCCGCCGACCGGCUUCGACGAUAUCCGAGAUGAUCUAGAGAUCUUCAGCAUCAAAAUGAAAGAUGCGCAAAACACGCCGACCAACAAUAUCCCUAAGCACCAAGCUCAGUGGCCCAUUUUUCAGAUUGCUCAUCAGCGCAGCCGUUACGUUUACGAGCUAUACUACGAGAAGGAAGCUAUCUCCAAACAGUUGUACGAUUGGCUGCUGAAGAAUGGGUACGCGGAUGCGAUGUUAAUCGCCAAGUGGAAGAAGCAGGGAUACGAGAAGCUAUGUUGUCUUCGCUGCAUCCAAACCAAAGAGACGAACUUCCAAUCGACAUGUAUCUGCCGAGUACCGAAGGCGCAAUUGAAGGAUGAGCAAGACGUCCAGUGUGUUAGCUGUGGCUGCAGGGGUUGUGCAUCGAGCGAUUAAAUUGUGGUUUCUACGUUCAUAUACUGGUUGGACUUGGUAGCAUUCGGCGUUCAGGACUUUCUGCAUGGCGAUGGCAUUACAUACUAUACCUAUUUGGAGUACGGGCGAUCCAUAACCAUACGUUCUACUGCAUGAGAUCAUGAAAUUCUACGUGCUUUUCGGGACAGUAAGGA